AUGUCCCGGCGCGCCGCGGAGCCCUUGAACGAGCUCUCAUGGGCCCGCGAGGGCUCUCACAAGCGCAUUCGCGGUGUCGCCCAUCGCAACGAGCCGGCGUUCCUGAAGUCCUUCGCCGACAACGACGACAUUCCCGCUGGGGUCACUGCACAGCAGGAGCUGCCAGCCCUUAUAAGGCCCGGCGAGAUCCUUCUGAGAUCCCGAGGAACCCACGGACCGACUAAAAAAGAACCACCGCACCCCACCGGCUUCCCCGAUCCCACCUCCUCCCUCGAUUCACUCCCCCGAACGCCAGAUCUCGCCGCCGCCACGUGCCUCUGGCUCGCCUCCUCCCCCAACCGCCGCCGGGGCCGCCUCCUCCCCCAGCCACUGCCGGGGCCGCCUCCUCCCCUGCCUCAUCCUCCAACCGCCGCCGGGGCCGCCUCCUCCCCUGCCUCCUCCCCCAGCCGCCGCCGGGGCCGCCUCCGCCCCUGCCUCCCCCCAACCUCCGCCGGGGCCGCCUCCUCCCAUGCCUCCUCCCCCAACCGCUGCCAAGGCCGCCUCCUCCCCUGCCUCCUCCCCCAACCACCGCCGCGGUCGUCGCCAACCACAGCUGCUCCUCAGGCCCCCAGUGCUUCGAUCCCUACCCCCGCGUGCCCCCGCUUUCUCGCCCACGGAUGGGCCAGGCUAGCGCCUCCCUCAACGGCCGAAGCGGCCAAGCACCAGCACGCUGGCAGCUCAGGCCCCCAUCCGGCCCUUCCCUCAAACCGCGCCGCUGCCCCACUCAACCCCGAAGCCCUCUGCAUCCCCGCACGUCACCGCACCAGAGAACCCCAUACGCCGCCGCGAGCUGGAUCCCACACUAUCUUCUCCUCCGAGAAGUUCCACCUCGCCUGA